AUGUUAGACUCUAAACCUGCUUCAACUCCUUAUCUUCCUUACAAUCGACUUCUCAAGGAUGACAGGCAACCUUACAAUAAUCCUGGCUUAUACAGGAGCAUUGUUGGAGCAUUGCAGUACCUUGUGUUUACAAGACCUAACAUUGCCUUUUUUGUUCAUCAUGUUUGCCAAUUUAUGCAAACUCCAAUGGUCUCUCAGUUUACAGCAAUGAAGAGGAUUUUACGAUAUCUCAAAGGCUUGAUUUCUCAUGGAAUUACUUACACCAGAGGAGAAUUGGUUUUAAAGUCCUUCAGUGAUGCUGACUGGGCAAGUGAUCCAAAUGAUCGAAGGUCCACUACUGGUUUGGUUGUAUUCCUAGGAAAUAAUCCUAUUUCUUGGUCCUUUAAGAAACAACAAAUUGUGUCACGUUCUUCAAUGGAGGCUGAAUAUAGAGCAAUUUCAUCUAUUGCUGCAGAAUUAGAUUGGAUCCAACAGCUACUCACUUUCCUUCAUAUUCAACCUUAA